AUGCAGAAUGGGGGCUACACACCGCUUCAUAUCGCAAUGCAGUUUCGCAACGAGAAUGUUUACAAACUACUUAUUGACGUCUACGAUGCCGACCCCAAUGUGCGCGACUGGUCCGGUAGGAAACCGAGGCAGUACUUGGUACACAUGGACACCUCUUUGUCCCCCGGAUCGUACAGAAAACCGGAUUCUUACAAUUUAAGGCGAACAGUGACUUCGCCUCCGGCUAUAAGGGUCAACUCGCACACAUUACCCACGUCAAAGAAGGAGGGCUUCCUCCGCAUCGGUUCGCUGAACGUGCGCGUGAAGAAGACCACGGAGGCGUUCAGCAACUUCCUGGGCGUGGGCGCCACCAGGUCCUCGGCCUACGUGCCCAAGUCCGCCAGGGAGAGGGAGCUGGACCGGCGCUCCGAUGAAGGGGAACAGCUCAAGUCCUGGGGCUCAGCCGACAACAUACCGAAGGACGACAAGCUGAUGCCGCCGCCGAUGAGCAGCAAAGUGCGGAGGCGCGGCGCCAGCGGUAGACGGGGCGUCGGUGCACACAGCAGGAGCACCCCUUCGACGCCCGACCAGCCACGAGCACAGAUCAGUGUCAGCGAGGAGGGUGACUCCGAUUCGGACUCGGCAGCCGGUUUCCACUCAGCGUGGAGACAGCAGCGCGCCUCACACUGCACC